CACAACACGGCCCACUGCGAUGGGUGGCCAGAAAUUUCAGUACGACGAGAGUGGUGGAACCUUCUUCUACUUUAUACUCUCGUUUCUGGCACUGAUCCUGGUGCCGACCACGUUCUACUUUUGGCCAAGGAAGAAAAAGGAAGAUCCAACGACAAAGGAGGAAAACUGCUACUGCGAAGGAUGCGUGCGAAAACGAAUCACCAUGGAACAUUCCGACCCGUACAAGGGCACCAAGGAGCUGCUGGUGAAGCUAGCGAUCGUGGCCGGUUGGGUGUUGCUCGCCUUCCUCACCUACAAGGUGUCCCAGUUCGAUUACGAAAUGUCCAACUUUGAUCCGUACGAGAUACUGGGCGUACCGCUCGGUUCCUCCCAGAAGGACAUUAAGAAAGCGUAUCGCACACUGUCCGUUAUACUGCAUCCGGAUAAGGAAACGGGUGAUGAAAAAGCAUUCAUGAAGCUGACAAAAGCGUAUCAAGCGUUAACGGACGAUGAGGCACGAAAGAACUGGGAAAAGUACGGCAAUCCCGAUGGUCCCGGUGCGACCUCGUUCGGCAUUGCGCUGCCUUCCUGGAUCGUUGAGAAGGAAAACUCGGUAUGGGUGCUUGGGCUGUAUGCGCUGGUGUUUAUGGUUGCGUUGCCGAUUGUGGUCGGUACGUGGUGGUAUCGUUCGAUUCGUUACAGCGGCGAUAAGGUGCUGCUGGACACGACCAACAUGUAUUGGUACUUUUUCCACAAAACGCCCCACAUGGCGGUUAAGCGUGUGAUUAUGAUACUGGCGGCUAGUUUUGAGUUUGAAAAGCGACACAACAAUCAGGUUGUUGAGCGACCGUCGGAUAAUACGGAGGUACCGGCGCUGAUCCGUGAGUUGCCAUAUUUGAACGAGAAGUGUAAGGAAUUACCGUUUGCGAGAAGUUACUCGCUGAAGGCACGUGCGAUUCUGCAUGCGCAUCUUUCCCGGAUCGCUUUAAACCCGGCAACGCUUGAGCUGGAUCGUCAGCUGAUCGUACGCAAGUGUCCGUAUCUGAUCCAGGAGAUGGUGAGCUGCGUGAGUCACCUGAUUAUGCUGGCUUAUGCGAGAAAGAUUCAGCGAUUACCGGCAAUUGAAACAAUCGAAAAUUGCAUGAAACUUUCGCCGAUGGUUAUUCAGGGUUUGCGCGAAUCAGAACACCCCCUAAUGCAGCUACCCCACAUGACGAAGGAACUGCGGGCCCAUCUGGCCCGUAAAUUCAACACGCGCAAUCUACAACAGUUGGCUCAACUGAAGCCCGAACAGAGACGUUCCGCCCUUCGCAGCCUGAACGACGAGCAGUACACUAACGUGGUGAAGGUGCUUGGCCAUCUUCCUCUAAUUGAUUUCAGCAUCAAGUGUGAGGUGGUGGACGAUGAAAAUUCGAACGUUGUAACGGCCGGUGCAAUCGUAACGGUCACGGUGGAACUGGUACGACGCAGCAUGUCGGAAUUGUUUGGUGACACAACGGCCAAGGAAAAGCAAGGAAUUACUGAAAGCACCGAAAACGGUGACACAGGUGAUGGCGAUGCGGACGGUGAGCUGGAAGCGACCGACGAUCAGAAGCAGGAGGUGAAGGUGAAAAAGCCUCCCGGCUGGCAACCAAAAUCCUCCAAGGGACACAAGGGCAAGGCUAAGGCGGCCGGUGCGAAACCACACAACCGGAAGCUGGCAGCAGCGGCCGCAGCGGCUGCAGCAGCAAGUGCUGCUGCUGCUGCGGCGGCGGCGGCAGCUGCAGCGGCCCCUCAGUCAACGACCCAAUCGGCAACAGCCGCGGGUGAGAAGACAAAGUCUGGUAAGAGUAGCGAGAGGAAAGCUACAGGUGGAGGUGAAGAGGAUGAUUCCGCAGACGGAGACAGCGGUGCCGAAAGCGACAAUGAUGCAAGCGAAGCAGCAGCGGAUGAUGAUGAUGAGUGGGAAAAAUUCCAGCAAAAAAUUAACAAACGUGAAAAGCUGGAAGGACGAUCGAAAGUGUCCCAUCCCGUUCACUGUCCACUGUUUCCUGAGGAAAAGCAUGAAUACUGGUGGACGUACAUCUGUGACCGAAAGUCGCACACGCUCCUAACCGUACCGUACCACGUGACCAACCUGAUCCAUCGCGAAGAAGUCCAGCUAAAGUUCACCGCACCAAAGUGGGCCGGCAUGUACGUGUUUACCGUGUGUUUACGGUCUGAUUCGUACAUCGGCAUGGACCAGCAGCUCGAUCUGAAGCUGGACGUCAAGGAUCCAGCCGCUAUCCCGACCGAACAUCCACAGUGGGACAUUAGCGAAUCGGAAUCGGAUCACAACGAGAUGCAGGCGAACGAUAGCGAAUUCACCACCGACUCAUCGGACGGCGAGGACGAGGAAGCGCGAAAACGAACGGACUGAGCACUUGUUGCGGGGAG